CCUUCUUUAGCAUUAAUGGGCCUAUUUUUUCGGCCGAGGAGUCAGAUGAGACGAAUCUGGUUGACCUGUGCAGUGGGAAGCGUCAGUCUUCCAAAACUGAAUUCGAGCUCGGGAGCUACUCUCAUCCUCGCCGUUAAAACUUUCCACACCGCCGCGUUACGGUUACGGAGCCACUCGUCUUCGUCCCGAGUGAUAACAGUCUCAUCCAUGGCUUCUGGAGCUGUAUUCAGUUUAUCCGAUUCGAGUAUUCUCAAAAUCGUUAAAGGCGACAUCACUAAAUGGUCCGUCGAUGCGUCCUCCGAUGCUAUCGUGAAUCCAGCAAAUGAGAGAAUGCUAGGCGGUGGUGGUGCAGAUGGAGCAAUACAUAGAGCUGCUGGGCCACAGCUGAGAGCAGCGUGCUAUGAGGUCUCUGAAGCUCGUCCUGGAGUCCGUUGUCCAUUAGGUGAAGCAAGAAUCACUCCGGGUUUUAACUUGCCUGCAUCACGUGUGAUUCACACCGUUGGACCUAUCUAUGACUCAGCUCUCAACCCUAAAGAAUCCCUCACCAACUCUUACAGAAAUAGUCUGAGAGUGGCUAAGGAAAACAACAUCAAGUACAUUGCAUUUCCUGCCAUAUCUUGUGGAAUUUACGGAUAUCCUUUUGAUGAAGCUGCUGUGGUCGGUAUAUCAACCAUCAAAGAGUUCGCCAAUGACUUUAAAGAGGUGCAUUUUGUUUUGUUCGCCGAGGAUAUCUAUAGCGUGUGGGUAAACAAAGCUAAAGAAGUGCUACAAAAAGCUUAAGCUUCCCUCUGCACGCAGCCAAAGUAUGCUCAAGUAGACAUGAAUUGAAAAAAAUUGCUAUGUGUGUUAGUGUGAUGAUAGCCUUGUGAUAUUCCACACAAAGGAGACAUUUCCUGUUUCUGUUGUGUGAUGAGAGACUUGUGAUUGUCCGUAAAUGGUUAUGGUUUUUAAGGUUUGUCUUUUGCUUUA